GUGGUGACGUUGGUGUGUCACGAGCUCAUUGACAGGCGGUUAGUGACGUAGAACUUGAAAUGGGUAGCUGCUGAGCUUAUCAUUGUCAAGAACUUAAUUCCUCCACUAGACUAAACAUUGAGCUUGCUCAUGGUCUCGCAAUUUCACAAUGAUAAGUUUAUCUACAGUAAAAGUAAGUUUGAAGAAGUGCAUGUAUUGAAGAAAAAUUCGGAUAUUAAAAGUACUGGGUAGCUAGCUACACCGAAAGUGUAUGCAACCUAUGACAGCGGGAGAUUCAUUCUCUAGCGCUAAGGUAACUCGUUGGCUAGAUAGCGAGCAAGCUAACGUGUUAGCCAGUUUAGUUGAAUAGUCAUUCGAAGCGUUUCCGAGGCUAGUAAUGAGACCGUAGCUAGCUAACGUCAGCUAGGAAACUAGUCAACGUUAGUAGCUAGCCAUUGUCUUGUGUGCUAGUUUAACUACGGAAACGUUAAUACGGUAACGUUAUCGUUACCUAGCCAACUGCUUGCUUGAUGUUAUAUGCUAGCCAAUUACUGUACCAGCAUUAAAUAUAUAUGGCUAGCUAGCUUAGCUAUUAGUUGUCUAGCUUUGAGAACAUAAACAGACCACAUCGAGACUUCUGGGAAUCAGCUGACAGCUGCAGGCAGCCAAAGAGACCAGUGAUGGACCAACUCAAAGUGAAGGACCGAAUAUUGGAAAACAUUUCUUUGUCUGUCAAGAAGUUGCAGAGUUACUUUGCUGCCUGUGAGGAUGAAACUCCAGCUAUCCGGAAUCACGACCGGGUCCUACAGCGGCUGUGUGAGCACCUCGACCAUGCUCUGCUCUAUGGGCUACAGGAUAUCUCCUCAGGUUAUUGGGUCCUGGUUCUACACUUCACCCGCAGGGAAGCGGUCCGGCAGAUAGACGAGCUCCAGCGCAUAGCAACCAACCUUGGGCGAAGUCGUGCCUGGUUAUACCUAGCACUGAGUGAGAGCUCCUUAGAAAGCUACCUCCGUCUCUUCCAAGAGAACCAAGGAUUGCUGCAGAAGUAUUACUUCAAAAAUGCAUUGGUAUGCAGCCAUGAUCACCUCACGCUCUUCCUCACUUUGGUGUCGGGACUGGAGUUCAUUCGCUUUGAUCUGGAGUUGGAUGUCCCGUACUUGGACGUGGCCCCCUACAUGCCGGAGUACUACAAGCCCCAGAACCUUCUGGACUUUGAGGAGCGUCUCCCAAGCUCGGACAGCCUGUCCCUGCACUCUUUCACCUCCACCAACCUGGAAUGGGAUGACAGCGCCAUCGCCCCGUCCAGUGAAGAUUAUGAUUUCGGUGACAUCUUCCCCGUGUUGCAGCCAAGUGCAGACUGGGAAGAGGGUGACCUCACCGACCCAGUCAGCUGUCCUCGCUCAAAUGCCUCAGACCCUCAGACGGUCUUCAGUGAUUCUGUGAUUCUCUGGGCAGCCGCUGCCGGCAUCACAGUGAGGGGAACGCCGCCGCCCCGCAGCCCCACCUUCAGACACAACCCCUUCAACGAGUACUCGGACACCAACACCUCGGCCGACAUUACACCCGUCCACACAGCCAGCUGCCACCACGACACCAGGGACGACAUGGAGAGCACCAGCAACGAGCUAGAGGUUAUCAGGAUGGCCAGACGAAGGAAGCCAUCCAAGAAGCGCUGUAGCGUGAAAAGCUCCACGGUGAGCGGUGACCAGAACAAUGUGGCCUUCGCGCAGGCGGAGGCAGACGACAGAGCCCCGGCUGGAUGUGAGGGACCAGAAGGAGACACCUGGAGCCCCUCUGUGGGGUUGCCGCAGGGCUCAGGGGCCGAGACGGUGAGGAGGAGCAGCAGGAGGGAGACAGGGGAGGAGGAGGAGUCAGAGGGCCUCCUGCGGCUUCCUGAGAUGACCGACACCUCCAUGGACAGCGUUGGCCAGCCCCUACGUGACGUCAUGGACCGGCUCAACGGUGCUCUGGAUGGGGGGAAGACCUGGGGGCGACCAGCUGAAGAAGAAGAAGAGGGGGAGAAAACCCAUCAGAGUUCCCUCCCCAAAAGGCCCUCCCCCGCCAGCCUUGAAGCCAACCCGCAGCCCCCGGGGCAGCAGCCCUUUCGAGGGGAUUCGAUGGGUGAGCCGCCUAACCCAGAAGCCAGGGUCCCCCCCCUGCUGCGCCCUGCUCUGGCCCCGAGUCCCAACUUCCUGCAGGCCCCCCCGGCUCCUGCAGACUUUUACUGCUUUACCCCCCACAGUCCAGACGCUGCUGCCCUGCGUAGUGGCCACCAUGACACUGCAGGGCAUGGUCAGUCGCAGGCUCUUCUUGGUGGCCAUGAAGUUGAGGCAGAGGCACCGCCAGGACAGGACCCCUCCCUAGAGGAGGAAGAGUGUGAUGAGGAGGAAAAGGAUGAGGCAGUAAUGGUUGAGAAUGGAUUGGCUGCUGGAGAAACUGAAGAGGAGACGGAAGAGGACAGGCUCAGGCCAACGGAAAACUCUCAUCCUGCAGAAUUCAAGGUGGACAACAAUCACCUGCUGCUGCUCAUGAUCCACGUCUUCAGAGAGAACGAGGAGCAGCUCUUCAAGAUGGUGAGGAUGAGCACAGGUCACAUGGAGGGGAACUUGCAGCCUCUCUACCUGCUGCUGACUGACUGUUACAUCUACCUGCUGAGGAAAGGUGCAGCGGAAAAGCCCUAUACAGUAGAGGAUGCCAUCUCUUACAAUGAGUUGGACUUUGUCUCUGUGGGCUUGGACCAGCAGACAUUCCUGCUGGUGUGCACCAACAGAAGACGGCAGUUCCUGCUGGACACGGCCGACUCAUCGCUUACUGUCUGUUUUUUGGCAGCCCUGACGUCGGCCAUGAUAAAGGGGUGCAGGGAGCCCCCCUACCCCUCUGUGCUGACCGACGCCACCAUGGAGAAACUGGCCCUCACCAAGUUUGUCUCCCAGGAGUCCCACUGUGAGGUAUCUCAAGUGCUCAUCCGCCUGUAUUCUUUGGUCCACUGGGAAGACCCCAUGGAUGUGACUCUGGCCACACAGACAGCCCUGGUGGGCGCUGGGGACUCGUCCAGCACUAAAGAGGGCCCCCUACUCUACAGAGCAUGCACCACCUACCUGGGCAAGGAGCUGUGGAAGAGCUGUUACCUCGUACUGAGCAAAGGCGUUCUCUACCAGUAUACAGAGAAGACUGAUGGGACACCACUAAUGUCCAUCACUAUGGGGGGUGAGUACUGCGGAGGUUGCCGGCGCUCCAACAGCACAGAGCAGCCUCAUGCCUUCCAGGUGAUCCUGACAGAGCGGCCUCCUCUGGAGCUGAGCGCCGACAAUGAGGGAGACGUGGCCGACUGGAUGCUGGUGCUCUGCCAGUCUGUCUCCAAAGGGGUGAUCCCCCAGGGCGUGGCCCCCACACCAUGUAUUCCUUGUUGCCUGGUGGUGACAGACAGGAAGCUGCUGACAUGCCACCAGGACUGCCAGACUAGCUUCUUCCGCUCACUGGGCGGAGCUGAUCUCUCUGACGUCACUGCUGUCAGCCUGGAGGACGACAAAGAGUACUGUGUUGUUGAGUUUGCAGUGGACAGGGCACAGUUCCUGCCUCCCUGGGUGUUGUACUUCAGCGGAUGUGAGGAGAGAGACCGCCUGCUGGAGGCGCUAGAGAGUGCCUGGAGAGACAUUUUCCAGGUAUGUCUGCCUCGUAGGAGGGUGUCAGAGCCGUUGGUGCAGAAGCGUUGUGGCGAGGCCUUGGCUCUGAUGAGGAGCGCCUGGCAGAGAAGUGACAGCCUGGCCCGGGGACGUGCCCAGAGAGAGCCCUGGUGCUGACAGACAGACAGACAGGUGGAUGGACAGAUAGGACAAAAGGCUUUCACUAACACUCCUAUCUAUUCCUACUCUACACAUCAGGGUCGUAGUCAAUUGCAUUCAAAUGUUAUCAAUUCUGCAAGUGAAUAGAAAAUGUACCAUUAUUUUCUAUGUGGAUUUGUUCAAUUGUCAAAUUUAAUUUCAACUGGGUGACUGAGUUUGAAUGGAAUUCACACAACCUGUUACAUAUAAUUAUGACAACAGCCAUAUAGAUAGAGGGAAGCGCACUCUCCGUUGUGCGUACAUUAUGGAGAGUAUACGUUAAGUUAAGCAUAUGAGGACGUGUCUUCAUGGGAUGUUGCGAGACAGACAGCAGUUUGAAUCUCUGUUCACACUCCUGGCCUUGCACAUGUAUGUAGGGCUGUGACAGUCACGGCAUUUUGGAUGAUUGUUAUUGGUCAGGCAAAUGACUGCGGUCACUGUUAUAAUCGUUUGAGUAGCAAAAUGUUUUUUAUAUAUAUAUAUUUUUUUAAACACUCAUUUUCUCCUCUCCUUCGCUCCUUACUGCAUGUGCU